GAGAUGUACAGGCUGGUGUUGAAAUCGAGAAUAACAGAUUCGCUGUUGGACCCACCAGCGGAGCAAAAUGCCAGAUUGGAAUUCACAACUGGGCACUCUUCUCUUUCUCUGCCUGCUCUUCCGGGGUGCCCUGAGUGCCUGCACCACGAGCACCACCGAGGAGUGCUGCAAUGCCGGUUUUGUGCCAGGGUCGCGGCUGGCAGGGCAGGGCUACGACGUGGUGACGCUGCAGCCUAAGGGGGCCUUCGUCAUUGACGUGAACACCUGGCACACGGCCAACGGGAGCUGCACUCUCUGCGAUAAUGAGCUGCUCAAUGGCGUGCGCCAACGGCUGCCCAUCUCGCUGGUGGACUGGCGCACCCUGAGCUCCUGCCGGCGCUCAGUCUCCAGCCAGCUUUACCGAUCGGCCGCAAAGCUGGCAGAGUCCGCCAGCUCCUCCAUCACCAACAACUGGCACGCGGACCUCUCUGUGCAAAAGCCCGAAGUCGGUGUCAAUGUGGUGCUGGCUGGAUCCCAUUCCAAGAUGGUCAAGGCAGAGAGCGGGCACAAGCUGACUAUCGAAGUCUGGGACCAGGACGACAUCAGCAACAAUGACCUCCUGGGCAAGUGCCAGGUCAGACUGACUUCCGGCAACCACUGUGAGGUCUGCUACCUCAAGUACGGCAAGGUGACCUAUGCCUACACCUUCACCUGCGGCCUGCACCUGGGUGGUGCCACCUGCCAGGAUUACACGCCUGGUCCUGGCAGUGUGCCCUUCACCACUGCCCUGGGUGGAACCAACCGCACCCUCCUUCUUAACACACACUUCCCGAACACCCGCUCCAAAUCGCCAAUCCCCAUUAUCUAA